AUGUGGCCAAGAACGCUUAAACUUGCAAUUUUCUGUCUGCUACUCGCGACGACAACAACACACGCCACCGACGCAGUUCUGCACCCGGAAAUCGUCAAGGCGCUCAAGUCCAGCCCUACGGAGCUCGACAAGCUCGACAUCCUCGCGGACGACAAAGACUGGACCUUCAACUACUUCUCCCAUAAAUACCACACCAACAGCCCUGGCGGAGUGGUCAACGCCAACGCUGCCACGUUCCCGGCGACCGUUGGGAAUGGCAUGACCAUGGCCUGGAUUAGUCUCGGCCCCUGCGCCAUGCUUCCGCCUCAUUAUCACAACCGAGCCUCCAACUACGUCGUUUCCAUUGAGGGAACCACCGAGACGUACAUGACGCUGGAAAACGGUGCUCGCGUCGUCAAGACCCUGCUAGAACCAGGGAUGAUGACCCUGUUUCCGCAGGGAAGCCUGCACACCAUGGCAAACACUGGCUGUGGAAACGCUACGCUCAUCUCGGCUCUCAGCUCAGAAGACGCCGGUACACACAAUGUUGCGAACGGCUUGUUCGAUCUUCCUCCCAGCGUGGUUGCCGCGGCAUUCGGCGGGAAUCCUCUUUCCGCAAAAUUCGCCCAGCUAAGACGCGAUAUCCCGGCCGUUGGCACCGGUGCUUCGGUUGGCUCUGCGGAGUGCCUGAAGCGUUGCGAAGCUCAAGGCUCCAAGUAG